AUGUUUGACAAUAACAUUGAUAUGACAAGUAAUACAACAGUUUCUGGAGUUACAGUUUUAUUAAGAAAAUAUCCAAUAACAUAUUAUUUUGUUCCUUUUUAUGCAAUACUUUUUCUUAUUGGAACAUUUGGAAAUGGUUUGGUAUUUAUAAGUAUUCUUCGUUCAUAUCGUCUUCGUACUGUGACCAAUACUUAUUUACUCAAUAUAGCUGUAGCUGAUUUUCUUCUUCUUUUAAGUAUACCAUUUCUUAUCGUUACAAUUCUUGCUAAUGGAUGGAUAUUUGGACAAGUAUUAUGUAAAAUGUAUUAUAAUUUUAUUCAUAUUAAUCAAUAUGUAAGUUCAUUAUUAUUGGCUGCUUUAUCAUUCGAUCGAUAUCUUGCUGUAUGUCGUCCAAUUCAAGCUAUUGAAUUUCGAACAAGAACAAAAUGUGUCUUGAUUAUAGCAGGAUGUUGGCUUAUUUCUGUUCUUUUUCUUUGUCCAACAUGGGUAUUUGCAACUGUCACAUCCGAAAGAUAUAUUGUUUGGUAUGGAUAUCAAGUACAGAAGUAA